GUGACUCACCAACUAGUAGAAGAUGAAAAGUUAAAGCUAAAUUGUACUGUAGGCGACACUUCACUUCUACAUCUUUCUUCUGCAUUUCAAUCAUCAACUGGGUUGAGAUCAUACUUGAAGGUGAAGCUAUUGUUGUCAUUUUGUUAACAAAUAUUAAUCCAUAAAUGGAAAGAAAUAGCCGUUCCGGGAAGAGGGGUAAAGAGUUGUAUUAUUUGAUGAUCCACAAGGCUGAGAAGAAGGAAGAGGCAAAACAGAGGCAACUGAGAGCUAUCUUGAACAAACUAACUCCUCAGAAUUUCGAUAGACUUCUUGAACAAGUAAAAGCAGUUAAUAUUGACAACACGAUCACUCUCAGUGGUGUCGUCUCACAAAUCUUUGAGAAGGCUCUGAUGGAACCUAUCUACUGUGAAAUGUAUGCCAACUUCUGCUCACAUUUAGCUUCCGAGUUGCCUGAUUUGAGCAUGGACAACGAAAAGAUAAAUUUUAAAAAGUUAUUAUUAAACAAAUGCCAGGAGGAAUUUGAGAGGGGUGAACGACAACAAAAAGAGGCAAAUAAGGUUGAUGAGGCCGAGGCCAAGGUUGAGGUCAAUCUGUCAAAUGAAGAAAGGGAGCAGAGAAGAACCAAGGAAAGAAUGCGCAUGUUAGGAAACAUCAGAUUGAUUGGAGAACUAUAUAAGAAGAAAAUGUUGACAGAGAGGAUAAUGCAUGAGUGUAUAAAGAAGUUAAUAGGUCAGGGUCAGUAUCCUGAUGAGGAAGAUGUUGAGUAUCCUGAUGACGAAGAUGUUGAGGCUCUGUGCAAGCUGAUGAGUAUUAUUGGGGAGAUGAUUGACCAUCCCAAAACUAAGGAACAUAUGGGUGUAUAUUUCGAAAAGUUGAAAAUAUUAUCAAACAACAUGAAUCUAUCUUCUAUGGUGAGGUUUAUGUUGAAGGACGUAAUUGAUUUGAGAAGGAAUAGAUGGCAAGUAAGGAGGAAAGUUGAUGGUCCAAAGAAAAUUGAGGAGGUACACAGAGAUGCUGUGGAAGAGAGGCAGGCUCAAGCACAAGCUGGUAGCAUGGGUCGUGGUAUGGGAAACAAUCAAUCUCCAAGAAGCAACCCCAUGUUAAGGAACGAUGAUCGGAAUCUCAACAGGCCUGUUGCAAUUUCACCUCACACUCAGUCACAAGGGCCAAUUGUCUCUCAAAAUGCUUAUUCAGAUGAACGACUUCGGGACAUGUGCUUAUCAGCAAUCAGAGAAUACUACAGCUUCCAGCACAAGGUUGAGAAGAAGUACAAAAUAGGUAAAGUGUCAAAUGCAGAAGAGGCAAAGCAGAGGCAACUGAGAGCUAUCUUGAACAAACUAACUCCUCAAAAUUUCAAUAGGCUUCUUGAACAGGUAAAAGCAGUUAAUAUUGACAACGCAAUCAAUCUCAGUGGUGUCGUCUCACAAAUCUUCGAGAAGGCUCUGAUGGAACCUAUCUUCUGUGAAAUGUAUGCCAACUUUUGCUCACAUCUGGCUUAUCAGUUGCCUGAUUUGAGUGUGGACAACGAAAAGAUAACUUUUAAAAGGUUAUUAUUAAACAAAUGCCAGAAGGAAUUUGAGAGGGGUGAACGAGAAAUAGAAGAGGAUAAUAAGGUUGAUGAGGCCGAGGGUGAGGUCGAGCUGUCAAAUGAAGAAAGGGAGCAGAGAAGAACCAAGGCAAGAAGGCGCAUGUCAGGAAACAUCAGAUUUAUUGGAGAACUAUAUAAGAAGAAAAUGUUGACAGAGAGGAUAAUUCAUGAGUGUAUAAAGAAGUUACCAGGUCUGUGUCAGGAUCCUGAUGAGAAAGAUGUUGAGGCUCUGUGCAAGCUGAUGAGUUCUAUCGGGGAGAUGAUUGACCACCCCAAAGCUAAGGAACAUAUGGAUGUAUAUUUCGAAAGUUUGAAAAUAUUAUCAAACAACAUGGAUUUAUCUUCUAGGGUGAGGUUUAUGUUGAAAGAUGUAAUUGAUUUGAGAGGGAAUAGAUGGCAAGUAAUGAGGAAAGUUGAUGAAAAGGUGACGAAGGGGUUUAUCACGGCGAUGAAAAGGUGGGGAUUGGAUCCGACGAAGAAAGUGAUGUUUUUUAUGAUGGAGGUGGAGGAGAAAGUGUUGUUGGCUAGUAGGAAUACUGGGACAUUGAAGAUUUUGACGCCGAGGACAUUGAAUUUGUAUGAUGUUUUGAAUGCUGAUAAGAUUGUUUUUACUCCUGGUGCUGUGGAUUAUUUGAAUGGUAGGUAUGGGGAUAUUGAAUAAGAUGAUGAAGGUGAUUAUAAUGAAGAAGCAGUUGUAGAAGAUGGUGAAGAAGGUAAAUUAUUAGUAUUAUAGCAGUAUUAAUGAUGAUUAGUGAUAAAAUUGUUAAUUGUUACUGUAUCUUGAAUUGUUCAUUUAUGUUCUUAGUAUUUGGAUAUUGACAAGUUUCUGACACCAGUCAUGCCUUUCACAAGAAGCGUCGGUGCUAAUGUGCUGUAGUCAUAGGCGUAGUCAAGUUUUUAAAUUGAAGUUGCUCUUAUGAUUGUGUGCAAUCGUUGAUAUGCUGAUAACUGUGGUCAAAUUUGGUUGAUGCAAUUGUGGUUGUGGAGACGUACAAAUUCAAGUAUUAUUUAAGGAUAUUUAUUUGUCUCUUACAAUCACAUUUUGUUGUAACCUAGUAAUUGUUUUGAAUCAAUGUUGUUGCAUGUAGUUCCUUUCUUCA